CUCCGCACCAGAGGCGCCUCCUCGGGUUUCUGCUGAUCUUGCAGGGUCCAGAAAUGGACCUUGCAGCCGCUCUGCCGUUGCCACCGCCGCGGCUGCCGUCACUACCGCAAUAGUCCCGCUCGACUCCGAGGCUUCCCAAAGCCCGGGUGCCCAGCGGAGCUUCCCGGAGGACUAAGCUAGCAGGAGGCAGGGGGGAGGUGCUGGAGUAGCUAUGUAGAUCCCGGGGCGGCUCUCUCCUGCCGCCCACUGCUUGGAUCCAUCCCUCCAGAAGCGAAGCAGAGACUCCUGGAGUGUCAGGGGGGAGCGAUAUCUAUUUUUUGAAUUUUAAUUUUCUUUUGAUUCCUGGGUUUUUGGAGAGGUACCUCUCUGCCCCACUCCCCCCUACCCCUCCCCGCACCCCUCAGCAACCCUAGUAACUUGGAACUGGAGAGGGUCCUAUCUUUCUCCCGUUCUGUAUUCGAGUUCCUUCGAGUUGUUAGAAAUGGGGGUGGGUAUAAAUAUUUCGGCAGCAGCGGCCCUAUAAAGCGAUCUCAGCAAGGAGAGGAGAGCAGGAGGAGAGAGCUGGAGGCUGAGUUUGCCGCUGCGCCUUUUGGAUGCUGCUGUUGCUACCGCCGCCGCCGCCGCCGCCGCCGCCGCCAAGGAGACUUGCCGCAUUCCAACAGGAACUCUUCUCCCGGCUCAACAUCGCCACUGACGCCUGUCCAGACAUCCUUCCAGCAUCCAUCGAUCGCCCUGGUGGGAGCUUAAAAAGCAGCAGAAGAGGGGUAGGAGGGAGGAUAAGACUAGAGAAAGAGGGAGAAAUGGAAGGCAGGGGAAUCUGCUGAGCAGACACCGGCACCCGGUCCUAUUCUUAUGACGAUUUAGGGCGAGGGCAAAGGGGUGACCCCCCCCCCCCAAAGGCAAUGUCGAAGUUUGCUAGAACAGCAUUACCUUGAGAGGAAAGCAAAACAACACACCUCCACAACAGAACAGGAGCCAGGUGUUGCUGGAAAGGGAGAUUCCACUUUGGGAAAAGACUAGGUGGGGGUGAGAAUAGAUCGAUAGUGCCCCGAUUAGUUUCCUUUCUCCCCCUUGGGCUAUUCUCCCCAAGGGGUGGCGGAUUCAAACACUCUAGGUGGGGGGCACUUAGUUACCCUCCCCCCCUCCUUCCAACAUCUUCACCACCCCAGGCCCCCUCUCUGCUCCACACCCUUCCACCCAGCUUAGACCAUGACGGUGAUGUCCGGAGAGAACGUGGAGGAGGCUUCUGCGGCCCAGGGCCAUCCCCAAGACAACAGCUAUCCAAGACCAGCAGACCAUGACGACCACGACUGCUGUGAAAGAGUGGUGAUCAACAUCUCUGGGCUGCGUUUCGAGACCCAACUUAAGACCCUGGCUCAGUUCCCCAACACCUUGUUGGGGAAUCCCAAGAAACGCAUGCGCUACUUCGACCCCCUGAGAAAUGAGUACUUUUUUGACCGCAACAGGCCCAGCUUUGAUGCCAUCCUCUACUAUUACCAAUCUGGAGGGCGUCUGCGGAGACCUGUUAAUGUGCCCCUGGACAUGUUCUCUGAGGAGAUCAAGUUUUAUGAGUUGGGUGAGGAGGCCAUGGAGAAGUUCCGAGAGGAUGAGGGUUUCAUCAAGGAGGAAGAGCGCCCAUUGCCAGAGAAGGAGUACCAGCGCCAGGUGUGGCUCCUCUUUGAGUAUCCUGAGAGCUCCGGGCCUGCACGGGUCAUUGCUAUUGUCUCAGUCAUGGUAAUCCUCAUCUCUAUAGUUAUUUUCUGCCUGGAGACCUUGCCUGAGCUAAAAGAAGAUAGGGAAUUCAGCACCUUUCAACCAAGUGACAACACAACACUCUACUACAAAUCCAACAUUUUUACAGAUCCCUUCUUCAUUGUGGAAACAUUAUGCAUCAUCUGGUUUUCCUUUGAGCUGGUGGUACGCUUCUUUGCCUGUCCCAGCAAAACAGAUUUCUUCAAGAACAUCAUGAACUUCAUUGACAUCGUGGCCAUCAUCCCCUACUUCAUCACCCUGGGCACUGAAAUGGCAGAGCAGGAGGGCACCCAAAAGGGUGAGCAGGCCACUUCACUGGCCAUCCUAAGAGUCAUCCGAUUGGUCAGGGUCUUUAGAAUCUUCAAACUGUCCCGCCAUUCCAAGGGUCUCCAGAUCCUAGGUCAGACUCUCAAGGCUAGCAUGAGAGAGCUAGGUUUACUCAUCUUUUUCCUUUUCAUUGGGGUUAUCUUGUUUUCUAGUGCUGUAUACUUUGCAGAGGCAGAAGACGCUGAGUCUCACUUCUCAAGCAUCCCCGACGCUUUCUGGUGGGCUGUGGUGUCCAUGACCACUGUAGGAUACGGUGACAUGUACCCUGUGACAAUUGGAGGCAAGAUCGUGGGCUCCUUGUGUGCCAUCGCUGGUGUGCUGACAAUUGCCCUGCCUGUACCUGUCAUCGUGUCCAAUUUCAACUAUUUCUACCACCGAGAAACUGAAGGGGAAGAGCAGGCUCAGUUGCUCCAUGUUAGUUCCCCUAACUUAGCCUCUGAUAGCGACCUCAGUCGCCGUAGCUCCUCUACCAUCAGCAAAUCUGAAUACAUGGAAAUUGAAGAGGAUAUGAAUAAUAGUAUAGCCCAUUAUAGACAGGCUAAUAUCAGAACUGGCAACUGCACUACAGCUAACCAAAACUGUGUUAACAAGAGCAAGCUCCUGACGGAUGUUUAAAAAAAUUAAAACAUACAUACACACGCACACAUGCAAAUUCCAUUUAGCGACUUGAAAGACUUAAUAGAAAAAAAAACCACCUCAAACAACAAUAAUAAAAAAAAUCUAGUGACUUAUGUCACUCUCUGUAGAUACUUUACUAAAUAGUCUUUGAAUGCUCUAUUGACCUGUAAAUGCAUUAUUGCAUUGCAGAUUUUUUGGCUCAGCGAACCAGAAGCUUUCAGGAUCCAUAAAAAAUACUAUUUUCAUUUUAUUUUAAAAAAAAGAAAGAAAAAGAAAGGGUAUUUUCCAUAAAUGGUAAAAAAAAAAUGAACAGUCUAGGUAACAGUCUAGGUAAAAUAAGACUCAUAUGCUUCUCUAUAUUGAAAUGUUUUUCAUCCCUCUGCUUGUUUAACCUAAUUUUAAAGAAAUAUUUAAAAACAGAUGAUCAUUUAGAAAUAUAAAAAUGAAAUAUGCAUGGGACUCCAGUUAAAAAUCUCUGCAAACUGCACAGUGACAGUGUAUCAAUGAAAGUGCAUCAACUAUCUAUACAUAUAAGAUAUAUGUAUAAAUGAAUUGACCAAAAAGCAUAGUGAAUAUUGGCCGUUUUUAUUUGAAUCAGCUGAAAUGUAUCUAUCCUCUUGAAAAAUUGGUUAGUAUGAAUGGGCCAUAUAACACCUUAUAAACAUAAUAUUGGGCCUGAUCUCUAAUGAUUUCCCCCACUUUGCCCCAUUCUCCAUCUUACCCAAGCCAAAAUUUUUUUAAGGAAACAAAUCAAUCGAGACAUCUGCAAUGCUGCUAAGUUUUCUUAACUGCAGAUGAACCACACCUGAGUUUUUUUUUCUUCCCCUAUCAGAGCUCCUUGACCCUUCACUUAAAAGAACUGGAUGCAAAACUUUUGCCCCUCCCCCCUUUGUUGCAAGAGAGAACAAAUGGAGUUUAAUGUACGCAUGUUUGAAUUUGACACUAUUUAUUUUAUAAUCGCAUGCGGGGAUCAUUACCUCAAACAAUAGGGGAUAAGCUUUCUUUUGAACUGACUCAUCUAAAAAUAGGCCCUUUUUCAUUUGCAUUCACCAAAAGUGCACUCCUUAAUUUAUUACCUAUUUUAUUAGUAAUUUAAAGUACUGUAUUUAAGUGCAUAUGUUAGUCAAAUGGGAACAAUACUUUUUUUGGAGCUCAAAGCAUGUUCUAUUAUUCCGCAUCAUGCCCUAUUUGACUAAGGUGUAACUUGAAUUCAUUAAUGCAUGAUUUCAGAAGAAAAAAAUAAGUAAAAAAAAAGUUUAUGAUAUGAAGGGCCCAAACAAAGUGAAGGGAGAGGGGGACUCAGUGAAUUUUCCUGCCUUUGCUCAGGGAAAUGUUUGGUUUCUGUCCAGGUGUUGUCAGAAAGAGGAUAAAAUAUUACCAUCCCUUAAAGGGAAAGUAUAUGGAAAAAAUAAGCUAUCAAGUUAUAUAUAGCAACACCUAAGAAACAGUAUCCUCUAUAGCUAAAGACAAAAACAAACAAAACAAAAAAUGGUGCAAUACUGCAUGCUUUUUGGUGCAUUCUUAGAAUGUCAAUGAAACUCUUUAUCUAAUGUGCGCAUCCAAAUUAGAGAUGAUUUCUUUUUGCAGUUAUGAUUUGAGGUCUUUAGAGACUUUGGUACUCCCUUUGAGAACUUACUGAAGAAAAUCAGUUUAUUUAAAUAGUUGCUUAGUGCCUUUAUCCUGCACCCACUGAAUUGCAGAAAGUGCCUCCAUUAAUACAGCUGCAAGGUUAAAAGAGGGGUCAAAGGGGAGGAGCUGGGGCAUCUUUGAUUUUGAUUUUUCCACCCUCACCACAUUCCCUCCUUCACUACUCACUCCCCCCCCCUUUCCCCUCCACCAACAUGAGAAGACCACACCAUACUGACUCCUGGAGAGAGAAGACAACAAGGACAAUGAUGUCUUGUGUCAUCAACAGACUUGUUUCCCUUUGGUUGUCUCAUGUUGACAGUGACCUGAGGCCUGAGACCUAGCCUCAAACUGAACACAGACAAUGGACUCAUUCUCUCCUUUCCUCCUCUUCUACAAACUGAGAGAAAUGCUUUGGGAUUCUGACUCCUGCCAGAGUCCCUCUGAAGUUCUAGUGUCUCCUCGGAUUAUAUACAGGUACUUUUCACUCCCUGCCUCUCGCAUUCCCCUCCUACUCUUACUCCUCUGUUAUUCUGGAAUCCAGAAUAACAGUAAAUAAUCUUUUUCAUGACUCUCCCACCUCAACUCCUUUAGUUUUCUAGUUAAGCCUUUUUUCUUUCUACCCUUUUUAUCUACCUGCCCCCACUUCCAUUAACUGAAUACCUUAAAACCCUGCCCCAAUCACCAACCUCAGACAGUGGUGGUCUGCUUAUGGACCAAGCUAAAGGAAGGAAAUGCAUAGGUCCUUGGAGACAAACAGCUGUCACUUAACCUGAGAGGCACUCAAAAAUCUUUAAGGACACACAGGUGGGGAUGGAGCUUCACUUUGAAUUGAGCAUGAGGCUGCCUGCUGCUGACCACUUCCUUUUCCUGUCCUGCUUUGUAUAGGGAUCUCUCCCCUUCCUCUCUCCCUUCUGCCCUUCCCUCCUCUCUAGGCAGUACAGUAAGGCACUUAACACAAUAUAAUCAUGCACAAGGCUUACUUGCUGAGCUAAAGCAAAAUAAUUUAGACAUUUUCUUUGCUUGUUUGGCUUCUGUGAGCCUGAAGGAUGGAUACAAACAGACACACCCUAUGUGAAGAGGGACCGAAAGAACAUGACCUUCCUAUGAUAAUUGGAAGGUGCCUGACUGUAGGAUGAGAAACCUCUCCAGAAUGAGCCUGUGGUGCUUCCUCCUGACUCUCCCCCUUGCUCCAAAGGCCAUUUAUCAUUCUCCCCUUCGAUCUCCCCUCCCCUCCCCUCCCCUCCCCUUCCCUCCCCAUCCCUCUAUAACUCCCUGCUUUAGGGGAGGAAAAAAAGCCACCCUCAAAAACAACUACAAAACAACCAAGAAUGUUCCAAUCCUUCAUCUCCACUCAGAGGUCUAGAACGCACAACUUCCUGUGUUCAACUGCACUCAGUCAACAGCAAUAAUCCAUUCAGUGCUGUGGGAUGAAUGGUGAAAGGACCAGCAAAUAGGACCAAAGCAGAUGAGACUGACCAGCUACUAGGAGUCUCUAGUAGUUGGAAACCUUCACCUUAGCCUGUCCACUGGACUGAUGACUCUCUGCAUGUGUUAGAGGAGGAAGAGCUAUGUGGAUGGGCCUGUUGACCAGGGUUUGGGGUGAGUUCUGAAGAGUUUGGGGGUGGUAUGGGGAGUCUGGAUGUCCCUUACCCAUUCUUAAUUCAUUUCCAGAAUUCGACAAGGAUGGCUUAAAGGGAUUAUUUUGUGUAGUAUAGGCAUGCGAAGUUUGACAAAAGCUCUUAUUCCUUGCACUACAACAGGGCUGAAAUGUAUUUGUAGACCUGAAGGUGCACUUAACAAAGCUGCCUGUUAAGGAAUUGAAUUAAUACCCUUUGGCUUAUUUGUUUAUUUUUUUUUUUUGACUGGCUUUUGUCCUUUUCCUUUCCUUCCCCAGAGACUGAUAUGGCUCAUAUUCUGAAUAUUGGUUUUCUCCAGGGGGAGAAAACUUCAGAAGGGCUGAUAUGCACAAAUCAGCCCUUC